AUGGCCGAACUUGGCCGCACGCAACAUAUCAAUGCUGUGCAUGUCCAUGCCCCGCACAUUGUUCCACCUCCAAUCCCAUCGCGGUCGCUGUCGCCAUCUCCUGGGCCGCUACCCCCUAGUCCCGGGUCGCCAUCACCUCUGGCGGACAUGUUUGUUGACGAGGAGGAGGCCUUACCACCAAAUGGGUUGAUGACCGAAACCCACCCGCUCCUCACAGGGGACAUAUGCGAUGCUCUUGGCAACCCUUUGUCCGACGGGAGCCCUCCUCCAGCACAUCCGGCUCGUGCGGCCAAUGACUAUACACCCUACGAGUCUCGUGUCCAUUUCGAGAUUGUGGACUUCCUAUUCUGUAAGGCCAAAGUUUCGGGGGGCAACACCGAUGAGCUCAUGCAGCUCUGGGGUACCUUUAGCGAGCGUGCUCCCUUUGCGGAUCAUAAGGAGCUCCAUGAGUCUAUUGAUUCUAUCUCCCUUGCGGACAUCCCCUGGCAGGCGUUUGAGAUGGAGGCUGUCUAUACGGUGUGGUACCGGGACCCUCAUGAUGUCUUGCAUGCCCAGCUUGGGAAUGCGGACUUUGCUGGCGAGAUGGACCAUUCUCCGAAGUGCAUGUACCAUGGGGCCGAGCGAGUCUAUAAGGACUUUAUGAGUGGUGAUUGGGCAUGGCAGCAGGCGGAUACCAUUGCCCAGGAUCCUACCACACAUGGUGCUACUUUCUGCCCCAUUGUGCUUGGUAGUGAUAAGACCACUGUGUCUGUUGCCACUGGCCAGAAUGAGUACUAUCCCUUGUACUUGUCUAAUGGUCUUGUGCACAACACAGUACGGCGUGCACAGCGCAACGCAGUGUCCUUGGUGGCUUUUUUGGCAAUCCCCAAGAGGUCCCUCAAGCCAGGGAUGACUACUCUAGAGGUGGUGCGCUAUGCUGAUGGUCAUUACCGUCGCACAGUCUAUGGUUUGGGGCCCUAUAUUGCAGACUAUCCUGAGCAAGCUCUCUUAGCUUGCAUAGUUCAAGGAUGGUGUCCUAGAUGUGAUGCACAUAGAGAUGACCUUGAUGGAGAGGGUAUCCAGCGUAGUCACUCUGUGACUGAUCCACUGCUGGAUGCCUUAAGCCUAAGGGUUCUCUGGGAUGAAUAUG